AUCUUUUCUUUUCUUAUAAUUCUUAUCUUUGAAUUCGGUUUCGGACAUUCAGGUAUUUAUCCAUUUCCAAGGUAUUCGAAAUGUUUGUUUUCAAUGAUUAAGAUUUUUUUUUAUUUUUCCAUUAUCGGUUUUUUGGUAAUGAUUGAUUUGCAGCCAGAUUUCACUUGUUCACCAUGGAAAGAAAUUUGUUUCGAUCACAUUUUCAUUCAUUUGACUAUUAAAGAUUUAUUUUGUCUUCAAAAUGUUUGCCAUAGAUUCAUACGAUUGAUUGAUGAAUAUUUCGAACGAAUGGAAUCGGUUGAUUUUUCCAUUUAUUCUAGCGAAAAUUCACGAAUAUCAUGGCCUUGUUUACGAUUGAUGCUCAAAGAUAAUCGAUCUAUUUGUGAUUUGAAUCUAUCACAUUGUAAAUGGAUCGAUGAUACAAGAUUCUUGUGUUUAAUUACCAAUCAAAAUCGUUUGAAAUCUAUCAAUCUUUCAUCAACAUUUUAUAUCAGUAAUCGAUCAUUGAUGGUAAUGGCUUUAUAUUGUCCAUAUUUGGAAACAAUCAUAUUGGAAAAUUGUGGCUGGCUACAACCGGAAACAUUAUAUUGCAUUGCUGAAAAUUGUCAUCAAUUGAUCACAUUAAAUCUGGCCAGUUGUUGGAAUUUAAAUGAUGAAUCCAUAAAGAUUUUGUUGGAAAAAUGUGGCCAUUCAAUACAAAAUCUAAUCAUUGCACGAAUUUAUUCACUAACAAAUGAAUCACUGUCAUCUAUUCGAACAUUUUGUUUGAAUAUUCGAUUUUUAGACAUAUCAUUUUGUUGGAAAAUCACUGAUUCCGGUCUAAAAUAUUUAAUCGAUUGUAAAAAUCUGGAACAAAUCUCGAUAAAAGGAUGUUCAAGCAUUACCUGUGUUGGUCGUCAAUAUCUUUGUGAAUAUUCAAACAUUAUACAAAAUUGAAUGAACAAUUUCAUUGUUGAUUAAUUAUUCAGAAUAUAUUGUUAUUAUGUCGUUGUGUUUGUUGUUGUUAUUAUUUUUUUUCGCUUGUUUGUUUCAUUUGUAUAAUUCAGUCAAUUGUUUCAAUGUUCCUGUUUUCGUAGAUCGAUAAUCCAAAUAAUAAAUAUUUGAUUCAAUAAGUGAUGGUCACAAAUUUCUGAACAUUAAUACAAAACAAAACAAAACAAAAAAAAAACAAUUAACGUAAUUUUUGUGUUUCGAAGAACGAAUGGUCUUAAUUUCAAAAAUCGAUCCAAAUUCAGUUUCGAAUCAGAAUAUAUGUGUGUUCAGAUGUGUUCACUAUAUCGACACACACACACACACACACACACACACCUAUUAACCUGAUUCGUGAUCUCGUCAAUUUUUAAUUUGAAACGAAACGAAACGAAAUGAAAAAACGAAAUUCACUUUUUUUUGCAUUUCACAAACCUGAACAUUUUGGUUAUUUUUUUUCUAGCUAAUUUGAUUAUAAUAUAUGGACGACGACCAACAAAUGGCCAAAUAGACAAAAUAAUUUCAGUUUUUUUUAAUACAAUAAAUGGCAUCACGUAUCCAAAAAAAAA